UCUAAAACGACAAGCGAGUUAAGAAAAGCAUUAGAAACAAUAUCAUUCAAAGAUAAUGAGCGCUACGACCGAGAAAAGCAUUUUGAUUCAGAAUGUGCUGGAACUAUAGUGAAAAAAUUUUUUAUAGAUUUUGAGGAUCCUGAAAUACGGUUGCAAAGGCAACACCUUGAAAGAUGGUAUUGUUUUAGACAUUAUUUUCUUAAAAUAUUUUCAACAUUAAAUUUUGAAGUUCACAGAAAGAAUUCUACCAGUACGGCUACAUCCUUAAGGAAGAACAGAAAAAGGGCACGUGGAAGUCGCAAGAUAAUGGGCGUUAAUGAUGUCGAAUAUGGAGCGAUAGAAGUAGGGAAGGUGUUUGAAGGUCCAAAAGGAACUAAAUUGCUUGAUGAUG